UGAGCGCGGCGGGAGGCGGGGCCGCGGGAGCGGAGCGGAGCGGGCGGGACGGGCCGCCCCCGCCUGCGCGCUCUCCCGCCGGCCGCGCAGUUUCUGCCCGGCAGCUGUGAGCACAGGUGGAGUCGCGGCGCUGCUGUGACUUUGACUGCUCUGAGACACCUGGACUGGAUGUUUCCUCUCUCUAAUGCCUGUAGGCAGCUAUGAAUGUCCCUGUUCCUUACUGUUUGAGUCCUGACCCCCAGGACUUUCACAGGAACCCUUUGGAAGUCCAACACUUCUUUUGCCUUUAGAAGGAUACCUGCACAGCAACAUCAUAAAAUCUUAAUCAAGUGAAAAUGGCCUUUAGCAAUCUGACAUCAAAAGCUGUACUACUGUAUGAUGAAUGGAUUAAAGAUGCUGAUCCAAGACUGGAAGGCUGGCCACUCAUGUCUUCACCUUUCCCAACAACCUUUAUCAUUGGAACCUACAUUUAUUUUGUCACUUCCUUGGGACCCAGACUCAUGGAAAAUAAAAAACCUUUUGAACUCAGGCAGAUAAUGGCAUUUUAUAAUUUUAGUGUGGUAGCCCUCUCUUUAUAUAUGACUUACGAAUUUCUUAUGUCAGGUUGGGCCACGGGGUACUCAUUUCGGUGUGAUAUCGUUGACUACUCGAGGUCACCUACAGCUCUAAGAAUGGUGCGAACUUGUUGGCUUUACUACUUUUCCAAGUUCAUUGAAUUAUUGGACACUAUAUUUUUUGUGCUGCGUAAGAAAAACAACCAAGUUACAUUCCUGCAUGUCUUUCAUCAUUCCAUCAUGCCAUGGACCUGGUGGUUUGGAGUCAAAUUUGCUCCAGGUGGUUUAGGAACAUUUCAUGCUUUGCUGAACUGUAUUGUCCAUGUUAUCAUGUACACUUAUUACGGAAUAUGUUCUUUGGGACCAGCAUAUCAUAAAUAUUUGUGGUGGAAAAAAUACAUGACAACUAUACAACUUGUCCAGUUUAUUAUGAUUACAGCCCAUAUAGGACAAAUCUACAUAAUGGAUGACUGUCCGUACCAGUAUCCAAUUUUCAUGUUUAUUAUUUGGCUAUAUGGCGCUAUGUUUUUAGUCUUGUUUCUUCACUUCUGGUACCAUGCUUACACGAAGGGGAAAAGACUACCAAAGGUGGCAAGAAAUGGGGUCAAGAAAGAUCAGUGAAACAAACUCUUGUCUCUAAACACAAAAAAGUGUAAAAGUCAAAGUUGAAACUUGCACUACUUGACAAUCAAGCUAUUUAGGUGCACACAAUACACAAUGUAUAUUUUGUAUGUUUUCUUCCAAAACAGAAUUUGUAUUUUUGCUGUAAGUUAUUUGGGAUUCAGAAUUUGGGGGCUGAGAGGAGGAGCAUGGAUCUCUGACUUUAAAAAAAAAAAAAAAAAAAAAAAAGGAAAAAAGGUGUUUUUAUUUCAACAACUUGUUCAUCGUUAUCCUAUAAGAAAUGAACAGAUAGAUGACCUCUAUCUAGAAGAUGUGUGAAAACUAAGAUAUUCAUUGUGAAAAUCAAAAUGUGUAUGACAAGUACUAAGUACUUUGAACACUGAGGGGAUAUAAUUACUUCACCUUAAAUGUUAUAGGUGUUGAGACUGUCAGCUGCAUUUUAUUAAAAGAGUGAAUCUUCAAUAAGUACUGUUUAUAGAAUCUAAAGCUUAUUAUUAAUAUAGUUAAUACAUAAACAUUAUUACAUGUGUUUACAAACUAUAUUACUUAAAGGAAUGUAUGUUAAUCUGUCAAGGUAUGGUGUUUCAUUUGAAGAUCAUAGUUUUUUGGAUAUACUGUCUUUUACUAAGAUAAUUCAUUUCUUACUCUACUCACUUGAACAUUAUUCUAAUUUGGGGAUUAUACAAACUGUCUUGUAGUGUGAUGAUCAAAACGCCUUACUGAUUUGUUCACCAAAGUACCCUAAUUACUUAUUAUUCAAUGAGUCUAUGGAUAUGUUUUGAUAUUGGGAGCCUAGGCUGUUUAGUGGGGGAAAAAAUGUUGUAAAUCAGUAGCCAAAAUUGUAAUCCUCAAAUAAGUUUAAAAAAAUAUUUUUUGAUUGAAGCCCAAAUGUUACCUAGCAUGAUUGUACUGUGCUCUGUUUUCUUCCAUUUCUAUUAUCUAUUGAAAUACAUGCCUAGAAAGAUU